AUGGGUCAGAAGCGCCGUCGCCUGGCUUUGUCCUGUGUUUCUUGUCGUCAACGUAAGGUCAGGUGCGAUCGGACUUUGCCAACAUGCGUCCGCUGUCAGAGAGGCGGUAUUGCUUGCGACUAUGUCCCGUAUACCUCGCAGCAGAACAGUACUACCGUCCCAACUCCUUCUGAAGAGAGCCCUCAACUUGCAAGAGAAGGAUCGGCCCUUUCUUGGACGGAGUACGCAAAUGAAUGGCAUGCACGCUCAAAGCAGCAUGAGAUUGCCCGACCAAAUGAAGACAAGCCCAGUCCUACGGCUGCCCAUCCGGCUCGACCACCUACCAGAACUUUUCAAGAAUUGCAGGAAAGAAUCGGAUCCCUCGAGACAUAUGUGAGGGCCACGGGAUCAAGGCCCGUGUCUUUGGACAGUCGUCUUGAUACUAAACGCGCGGCAGGGAACGGAGUAGCAACGGAUAAGAAGGCAGUUCCUGAUCACAAUCGGGCUUUGCUCCGGGGGAAAGCCUUCAAGACACAGUAUUAUGGUCCAAGCCAAGCCGCCAGCAUUCUUCUACAAUUUGAAGAACUUUCUCGCUUCGUCAAGGAUAUUCUGCAACGAAUACCCCACCUACAAAAGGCAAGGGAGAUCUUCAAGCGCCAACGGCGGGAAGCCCAGCCGGCCUUAGUCUUACCAGACUUUCAAACACUGGUGUCGUUGAUCCCAGAUCGAUCUACCGCCGAUGCCCGCGUACAGGAAUACUUUGAGACUCUGGAGACCACGUACCGUGUCUUGCAUGCGCCGACGUUCUUCCAAAGAUACAAGGAAUUCUGGACUUCUUCCAAUGACGCCUCUCCAGCCUUCUUGGUCCAGCUGCUGCUUGUAUGCGCCUGUGUCAAUUGCGUCGUGCCAGAUGUUUCCAUGGCGUAUGUUGGCCCCAGUUCACGAGACCGAGACACAGCCACUAAAUGGAUCGACGUAUGCGAUUUAUGGCUCAGUAUGCAAAGCCAGAAGCACAUGACGCUCGAGGUCUUUCAGGUUCAGGUGCUCAUUGUCAUCGCAAAAAGAAUGAACUGUAUCAAACUGAAAAGGGAGUGGACUGAGGCCGGCCAUUUGUUACGACGGGCCAUGUCGAUUGGGUUGCAUCGGGAGCCCACAUACCUAAGCACUAGGAUCUCAGUGUUCGACCAAGAGAUGCGUCGAAGACUAUGGUUCACGAUCCUGGAAUUAGAGGUGCAAACCUGUCUUGAUCGCGGCAUGACCCCCAGUCUCGGCCCUUUCGACUGGGAUUGUGUGGCACCAUUGAAUAUCCACGAUGAGGACUUUGACCAGACGUCAGAGAAAAUGCCUCCUCCUCGGCCAAUCACAACAUUCACACGGACCUCGUUCCUUUGCCUGGCCCAACAACACCUACCUUUAAGGUUAGAGAUCUUAUCCAAGAUCAACAGUAUCCGGGCCUGUCUUGAAAGCGACUCUGCUAUCGAGAUCGAUCAAGGUCUCCGACAAAUCCUCGAUGCUCUGCCUAGAUGGACUGACGCUGCAGCAAAGGCCAUGUCGCGUGAUCUUUCGGAAUUGCUGCUCUAUGAAUACCUUAUGCUGAUUCACCAACCCUUUGCAGCACAAGCCGAGGCACAUCCACGGCACUUUUACCCACGCGUCGCCUACCGCAGUGCAGCAGUGACUACGCUAAAGACAUACGUGGGCAUGCGACCAAGCAGCGCGUUGAGCCUCACCAAUCUCCGCAGCGAUUCGUUCCGUGCAAGUCUAGCGCUUUGCCAUGAUAUUGUCGCGGAGGCGACAACGAGUGAUAAUAUCUUGGGAGAUAAAAACUUAUCGGCAUCUCUCAUUGAACAAGUGGUUGGUAUCCUAGAAACCCGCAUUCGACACCUUGGGCAAGGAUUCUAUCCCUUCUGGCUCUCCUGUAGCGCGCUUGCAUUGGUUCGGUCCAAGAUGUCGCCAGGGAAACCAGCAGAAGAGCAUGCACAAGACAUUGCCAAUCACGUGGCCAAACUUCAUGGCGAAAUGAUGGACAACCAAACGAUUCCAGCCAAGCUAGCUGGGCAGGAAGAUGCUACGGGGAGCACUGCACCUACCCUGGUUGAGGCGACUGGUGAGCCCACCCCUCCCCAAGUGCUGCCAGAGCUUGAUCCCUUUGCACCGAUUGGAGAGCAUUUCAAUGUAUUUGCAGACACGUUGUUCGACUUUGACAUGCCAGAUAUCUGGGGCCUCGGUGGUAAUGCAUAG